AUGUCCUCUCAACAUAUACAAAUGACCGCAUGGACAACAACGGAUACUGAUCUGUCAAAUCGUUAUGAUUUGUCGAAAAGCACAAAUGGAAACAAAACCGUUUCGAAUAAUUCAGGCAUGAUCGAUGGUAAUCAAAAUCAUUCAAAUGAUCAGAACAACAAACGAUGGACACUAUCAGAAUAUUGCUCAUCAUUAUUACCAUUGUUUUAUGGUCUAUUAUUAGGUGCACUUAUCGCUGGUUUGGGACUGGCUAUUGUAACCACAUUUUGGUUAACAUCAUCUAAUGAGAACGCAUCGACAUCAGGAACAUGGUCGAUUACCGGUACAACAAAUUAUGCUCGAUAUAUACACACAGCAUCUUUACUAACAAAUGGAAAAGUGUUAGUUGCUGGUGGGUACAAUGGUAGCGGUUCUUUAAAUAGUACAGAAGUAUAUGAUCCAUCAACAGCAGUCUGGACAACCACUGGCAGCAUGAAUUAUGCUCGAUAUAGACACACAGCAUCUAUAUUGACAAAUGGAAAAGUAUUAGUUGUUGGUGGAUCUGAUAGUAGCAUUUAUUUAAAUAGCGCUGAAUUAUAUGAUCCAUCAAUAGGAGUAUGGACAGUCACUAGUAGUAUGAAUUAUGCUCGGUAUUUACAUACAGCAUCUGUGCUAACAAAUGGAAAAGUAUUAGUUGCUGGUGGAUCUGGUAGUAGCGGUUAUUUAAAUAGUGCUGAAUUAUAUGAUCCAUCAACAGGAGGCUGGACAACCACUGGUAGUAUGAAUUAUGCUCGAUUUAGACAUUCAGCAUCUGUAUUAACAAAUGGAAAAGUGUUAGUUGCUGGUGGAUCUGGUAGUAGCGUUUAUUUAGAUAGUGCUGAAUUAUAUGAUCCAUCAACAGGAUUCUGGACAACCACUGGCAGCAUAAAUAUCGCUCGAGAGUGGCACACAGCAUCUGUAUUAACAAAUAGAAAAGUAUUAGUUGCUGGUGGAUUCGGUAGUAGCGGUUAUUUAAAUAGUACAGAAUUAUAUGAUCCAUCAACAGGAGUCUGGACACUCACUGGUAAUAUGAAUUAUACUCGAUUUAGACACACAGCAUCUAUAUUAACAAAUGGAAAAGUGUUAGUUGCUGGUGCAUUCAAUGGUACCGGUUGCUUAAAUAGUAGUGAAUUAUAUGAUCCAUCAACAGGAGUCUGGAAAACCACUGGUAGUAUGAAUUAUGCUCGAUAUAUACACACAGCAUCUGUAUUAACAAACGGAAAAGUGUUGGUUGUCGAUGGAUACAAUCUUACUGGUUAUUUAAAUAGCUCGGAACUCUACGAACCGUAA